AUGGCUUCGGGAGUGCAUCAUGCCGUAGGAAAGAUAUUGCCGGAGGGUAUAGGCGAAGUCCAGGAGUUCAUCGACAUAUGCGAUUACGCAGUCGGCUUGUCGCGGACGUUAUCCGGUACUGUAUUCCCGUCGGAGAGAAAGAGCCACACGCUCUUAGAGACGUGGAAUCCCUUAGGCGUAGUUGGUGUUAUCUGCAAUUUUCCCAUAGCGGUAUACGGCUGGAACAGUGCUAUCGCUUUGGUUUGUGGUAACACCAUCGUCUGGAAAGAGGCGUCAAGUACACCUCUAGUAGCUAUCGCGACCACCAGGAUAAUGGCGAGUGUCUUGGAACGUAAUGGUAUCCCAGGCUCCGUUGCAUCCUUGAUCACAGGUGGACCGGAUGUCGGGGAGACUCUGGUGAACGAUAAACGGGUACCUCUCGUUUCGUUCACUGGAAGCACGAACGUAGGAAGACAAGUAGCUCUCAAGGUUCAGCAAAGAUUUGGAAGAUCUCUGCUGGAGCUUGGCGAUAACAAUGCAUUAAUAGUCGCAGAGGAUGCCGAUUUAAAAAUGGCAGUGAGGGCAGCGGUCUUCUCAUGCGUUGGGACAGCUGGACAAAGGUGUACCACCACCAGGAGAUUAAUAUUGCACAAGAAAAUAAAGGACGAAUUCCUAGGGAGACUGAAAACGGCAUAUAAGAGCGAUCUAUUAGAAAGAGUCGGAGACCCGUUGGAUGACGGUAUCCUAUACGGACCGAUGCACAAUCAAGUAGCGGUCGAUGCAUACAAGGCUGCAAUUCAGAAGGCUGUGGAAGCCGGUGGCACGAUAGAAUUCGGUGGAAAGCAAAUAGAGCGACCCGGUUUUUACGUUGAGCCGACGAUCAUCUCGGGUUUACCCGCUGAUGCAGAGGUGAUACAACAGGAAACUUUCGCCCCAAUCGUUUACAUCCUAGAGGCAAACUCUUUUGAGGAAGCUAUCGAUCUUAACAACGGCGUGGAGCAAGGACUGAGCAGUAGUCUCUUUACUAGAAGUAUCCAAAACGUAUUUCAGUGGAUCGGUCCACACGGAUCAGAUUGCGGAAUAGUUAACGUCAACAUCGGCACCAGCGGCGCCGAGAUAGGCGGUGCGUUUGAUGGUGAAAAGGCCACAGGCGGAGGUCGCGAGAGUGGAAGCGACGCCUGGAAACACUAUAUGCGACGUGGCACCGUCACGAUCAAUUACGGAAACGAGCUACCUUUGGCUCAGGGCAUCAAGUUCGAAUAAAUUAAACAUGUGUAUUUUUUUUUUUUUUCGAAAAAUCAGCGCUUUAAUUCAAAUCGUAUAAAAUCCACCUGAAUGUCGACGGACGCUUUUCUGUGGAAUUUGUAAGCCUUCGGCAAGUCAUAUCUGAGUUCGGCUAUCACCGUUCCUGUCGCACCAAGCUGCGUCGCCUUCGAUAAGACGUAAUCCCGCGUGCUGCUUUUGUGCAGAGAAUAAACUGCAUUGGACGAAAGCCCGAUUGCCUCCAAAAACUUCAUGUCGAUGCAUUGUUUUUGGUGCCAAAAGGUGGAUUCAUUAUAACAGAUCAAAGUAUUUUUUAAAUUUUCCUGUAACGUAAACACUCUACAUAUUUUGUAAUCUGCAAUAAAUAUGAGAUAUUUAUAUUUGUAUA